AACAGCAACAACAGCAACAACAGCAACAGCAGCAACAGCAGCAACAGCAGUCAGGCACCACCACCCAAGAAUCAUGGAAUGGAGCAGCAGGAAGCCUGACGACAAUGCUGAAGAAGGGACCAGACGAAGAAACCUUCAUAAUUACACGGUCGCGAAUGCAGGACAUUGAGGCCAAGUACAGAAACGUCACGAGCGAGCUGGCGGAGCGUACCAAGCUCUGCGAGUCGCUGCGGCAAACCUGCCGCCUCAACGGCGUUCCCGAGACCGCCAUCCCUCCCCAACUCCCUCCUCACAGUCCCACCGACGAGGAGGUGGUCACGGUCUGGUCCGCGCUGCGAGAGCAGAUCCGGGCCCUCACGCUGAACCGGUUCAACAACGUAAUCCCCGUGAAGAACGUGCCGGAGAAGAACAGACGAGAAUUCGAGUACCUCUCGACCCACUGGCGGUCCUACAUGACCAACGGCCAGCUGACGUCGUACAUCUUCCGCGCGCUGAUCUGGCGGUACCUGGACACGUGCCUGUUCGGCAAGUACUGCCGCGUGUGGGGCAAGGAGCCGGGCGACGCCGCCGCGAAGCUAGCCGGCCUAUUCUCGUCGUCACCCAAGGUCGCCGACGUCGAGUUCCAGGAGUGGCGCAUGCAGACGGCGGCGCUGUUCCAGAAGGCCUGCGUGCCCGACCUCGCCGUCAAGAACGAGGUCGCCGGCAAGAUCCUCGAGGCGACCACCAACUUCGCCAGCGGCGUCGACACGGAGGGCCUCAGCAAGGCGAUCGCGAGCAUCGUCGACACGGCCGCGGGGCUCAGCGCUAUCUUCGCUAGCACGCAGUUCGGUGUCCUGAUGUCGGAUAAGCCCGGCAGUGACCUCACGCGCGGGUUCCCGCACCAGGUCGCGACGAUGGAGAUCAAGGGGAAGCUGGGAUCGACGGGGGUGGACAUGAUAAUAUCGCCGUGUCUACUGAAGAAGGAAGCUGACUACACGAUCCUGGUGAAGGCGGAGGUUAUUUGCUAAAGGAUGCAUAGAUGGAUGGGUGGAUGGACGAAAGUGUUCAUGCUCGAACAGUUACAUGAGACGAUCAGGCAGACGGCUGAUAUCGACAAGGGCGUCUCUUUAGGAGUAUGCGGCUUGUUUAAUGGUAUCCGGAAAGUUGCCGUCGCGCCGCGAUUGAUGGUGGAUGAAUGGAUUCUAGGUGAAUUUACGGAAGAAGAAGAGGAGGAGGAUGAGGAAACGGGUUCUGCGAUGAAGCGAUGAAGCGAAUGAAGAUUUAGAAAGAUGCGAUCGAUACCUGCGUCCAUGCCUGCCUACUAGGCACUUAAUUACCCUGAUUUAGGUACCUACCUACCUAAUAACAGCGAUUUCCGCGAGUUCGUGUACUUCACGAUGGGAAAUAAUUUGCCUCACUUAGCAUCUUUAGCUACAGCUACCUUUAGGUACCUACCCUAGGUACAUAAUGAUACCCAUCCGUUUACUACAA